UGCCAUCAUGGGACAUGUGGAAAGGGGUGAGGAUGCUGUCAAAUAGUGCACGGGCCCUUUAAGAAGAAGACCCGGGCAGGACUCACCUUUAAAGCCAGAUUUCUUUUUGGAAGCCUGAAACACAGAGCACAGGUUCGCCGCUACCUCAGGGCAGUCGUCGCGGAUCUGGACAGCGCUGGACGAGAUGGAGGAGUUGCUGCGUCAGCUGAUAGUGAGAGCGGAGUCUGCCGGCGGAGAGGAGUGGCUGAGGACCUGCCUGCUGAUGCCGCCGUCUCUUCUGCCGCCGCCACCGCCGCCGAGGACGAUGUCGCCGCCGCUCCUGUUGUCUGCUGAGGAAAGGACGGAGCCAGGAGGAAGAGGACCCGUUCCGGAGCAGCGUGAAGAAGAGCCUUCAGUCGCCUGGUGCCAUGAGGAGGAGUUGUCGGCGCUGCCGCGCAAAAGAGCCCGCAAAGCGAAGAGCGCUUAUACUCUUCCCCCUCCAGAAGCAAGUCGCCGGCGCAGCAGCAGAGCGGAUAGUGUGGCCUCCGGCAGGAGCCGGGGGUCCUCCUUGAGCGGCGUGUCAAGAGGACGGAGCGGCGUUCCGGUCUGUGCAGCGGGUUCCGGCGCCAGCAGGGGGCAGCGUCAUCAGCAAGCGCCGGAGGAUCGUCAUCAUCUGGUGCCGAGCCCUGGCUUACGUCAUCAGAAAGCGGCCAGUGGGAAUCUGCCAGCACAGGCUUGUGCUGCUAAAGGUGUGCUACAGGAUGAAAUAGGGCUCCCUGUUGAGAGGCUCCCACCUCCUGUGGUCGAGUUGUCUCCAGGACCCUCUAGAAGACCUCCACAACAGUCAGCUGCAGCCUCUGGUCCAGUCCAGGAGGAUCGCCCUGUUGGUAGUCAUAUUGUGGUCUGGAUUGUGGGCCACUCCUUUAUUUUUUGGGCUCAGAAGAGAGCAGAGAAGAGAAUAUAUUCUGAGAACUUAACCUUUGAUUCUGCUGACCUGCAUGUGUUAGAGGGUUGGGUUGGAAGAGUAUAUUGUCAGAAGUCCGUAAAUUAUUAUUAAAAUGGCCGGUUCCCAAUCUUCUUGUGCUUCACCUUGGUGGGAAUGACAUUGGGAGAUUGAAAACCUGUGAAUUAUUAUGGGUUAUGAAGAGGGAUUUGGCUUUGUUGCAAUGUAUGCUUCCUUUGACGACUUUAGUUUUCUGUCAUGGUCUUACCUUCUUGCUGUUCUCCUUCGUUUGACAUGUGCUGGCGGCCAUCUUGGUUUCUUGUAGCCUCCCACCCUGCGGCUUCUCCUUC